AUGGACCAAGCUUUAGAUUGCAUAGCGUCCCCCUGUUUCAUAGCAGUAUGUCCUGCAGCUACAUUAAUUUUAAGACAUAGGAUGACAAGUUCAGAUAGAUGGAGUUCAAUAUUUAAAGAAUUUGAAGAAAAAUGUGCCACACCCAUUGGGAAGCUUCGACAUGUUGCUGAUGCUAUGACAGCUGAGAUGCAUGCUGGUCUUGCUUCUGAAGGUGGUAGUAAGCUUAAUAUGCUUAAUAGCUAUGUUGAUAAUCUCCCUACCGGUGACGAACGUGGUCUAUUUUAUGCUUUGGAUCUCGGUGGUACAAACUUCCGUGUGUUGCGUGUACAAUUGGGUGGGAGAUAUGGCUGUAUAGUUAAACAAGAAUCUACUGAAAUCUCAAUACCUCCUGAAUUGAUGACUGCCACUUCAACUGAACUAUUUGAUUUCAUUGCUAGAGAACUCGCAAGAUUUGUAGCUACAGAAGGUGAAGGUUUCUUCCUCCCUCCUGGUAGCCGGAGGGAAUUGGGGUUUACUUUUUCGUUCCCCGUCAAGCAGUUAUCAAUCGCAUCUGGAACGCUUAUUAGGUGGGGAAAGGGAUUCUCCAUUGAUGAUGCGGUUGAUAAAGAUGUGGUGGUAGAACUAACUAAAGCCUUAGACAGACAGGGCAUAUAUAUGCGUGUGGCAGCUCUGGUGAACGAUACAAUUGGUACCUUAGCUGGAGGCAAAUACUUUAAUAAUGAUGUUGCAGCUGCAGUUAUUUUGGGAACCGGAACAAACGCUGCAUAUAUAGAGCGUGCGCAGUGCGCCAUUCCUAAGUGGCAUGCUAAAUCAGGAGAAAUGGUAAUCAACACAGAGUGGGGUAACUUCAGGUCAUCACACCUUCCUGUGACUGAAUAUGAUCAGGAUUUGGACCAGCACAGUCUUAACGUUGGUGAUCAGAUUUUUGAGAAGAUGAUUUCGGGGAUGUAUUUGGGAGAUAUUGUACGUAGAGUCCUCCACAAAAUGGCUGAAGAGGCUUCAUUUUUUGGUGAUAUUGUUCCACCAAAACUUAAGACUCGAUUUAUUUUGAGGACACCUGAAAUGUCUGCCAUGCAUCAUGACACAUCCCCAGAUUUGGGAGUGGUUGGAAGCAAAUUGAAGGACAUCUUUGGGAUACCUGAUACUUCCUUUGAAACAAGAAGAGUGGUUUUAGAUCUCUGCAACAUUGUAGCCACACGUGGUGCCCGUCUUUCUGCCGCAGGGAUCUUGGGUAUUUUGAAAAAGAUGGGAAAAGACAGGGUCAAGGAAGGAGAGAAACAGAGAACUGUUAUAGCCGUGGAUGGAGGAUUGUUUGAGCACUACACCGAAUUUAGAUCUUGUUUGGGAAGCACCCUCAACGAGUUACUCGGAGAUGAAGCUGCACACACCGUUUUUAUUGAGCAUGCAAACGAUGGCUCUGGAAUUGGAGCUGCUCUUCUUGCAGCUUCUCAUUCGCAGUAUCCAGAAGUUGAAGAAUCCUGA